CUUCUCCGAAAUACCCUCGUUAGCCACCUCACCCCAACCCCCCACUACCAGCACCGACAGGCAACGUCAGCUCGGAAGCGAGCGAGCCAGAAAAGAAAGCAAGAAAGCCCAAGUGACGUUGCGGGAGCAGAUCACUACAUAAUCAUCUUUUCCCGACGCGCGUUCUGAACUCCAACACAACACUCGCUGCAACCCACCUCGCCCGCGACUUCCAAUUCUUGACAAUCACCCCCCUAUAUCCUUUCCCAGCGCCUUCGUUUUCGAGACGCUGAAGGGUUUCCUGCUGCCACAACAGCAUGGACACCAGACAGGCUGCAAAGGCGGAGGAGCACCGCAUGGCAAAGGAUGCCCGCAAUGCUGGAGUGCCCGCCUUUGAAUUCCCCGCGAAUGCGACUCCGGAACAGAAGGCUGCUAUGGCAAAGAGGGCUAUCCCGGCCGGAUUGGAUCUCGAGAAAGCUAAAGCUACAGUGAAGGCGAGCACACCGCAGGAGGCCAUUGUUUCAGAUCUGGACGGUGCUGGUUCUGGUGCGACCGUGGCCAUGCCCGCCGCUCAGAAGCCCGCUCAGAACGGAACCAACGGUGCUACCAACGGUGCUGCCGCUGCUGCCAACGGCGCGACGGAAAAGGAAAAGAGUCCCUACGUGAACGGUUACCCCAAGGCUGGAGACGGCGAGUGGGAGCGGACCGGAUGGGAGCCCAGAAUAGGCAGUCUCAACGACGCGCUCGGUCUCAACACACUGCCCGACGGCGCCGAUCAUCAGACUUGGGUCGAGAGCAACCUGGACGACAAGUUCUUCGGAGAAUGGUGGCACAACGCCGGUAUCAUCGCUUUCGCGUGUUUGAGUACGUGGUUCAUCACCAAGGUCGGUCUCGGCCUGGCCUGGGUCACCAUCGUCGGAGCCAUCUGCGCAACUUACUACCGAACGUCCAUCCGCCGCGUGCGCCGAAACGUCCGCGACGAUCUGAACCGUGAAUUGAUGAAGACCAAGUUGGAUACCGACCUCGAGAGUCUCGAGUGGCUGAAUUCGUUCGUCGUCAAGUUCUGGCCCAUCUACCAGCCCGUCCUCGCCGCUACCGUCAUCAACAUGGUCGACGGCAUCCUCGCCGGUGCGACUCCCGGUUUCCUCGACUCUCUGCGCAUGACCACCUUCACCCUCGGAACCAAGCCCCCCAGGAUCGACCACGUCAAGACUUACCCCAAGACGGAGGACGACAUCGUCGAGAUGGACUGGGCCUUCAGCUUCACCCCCAACGACACCGACGAUCUGACCAGUCGCCAGCUCAAGAAGAAGGUCAACCCCAAGGUUGUCCUCGAAGUUCGCGUCGGAAAGGGAAUCAUCUCGCAGGGUAUCCCGAUCGUUGUCGAAGAUAUGGCGUUUGCCGGAACUAUGAAGGUCAAGAUCAAGCUCCAGCUGCCUUUCCCCCACAUCGAGAAGGUCGACAUCUGCUUCAUGGGCCCGCCCAAGUUUGACUAUGCGCUCAAGCCCCUCGGAGGAGAGACCCUCGGAUUCGACAUCGGCUUCCUCCCCGGACUCAGCACAUUCAUCCAGGAGCAAGUCCACGGAAACCUCGGCCCCAUGAUGUACAGCCCCAACGUCUUCACCCUCGAAAUCGCCAAGAUGCUCGGAGGUGCACCCAUCGAUACCGCCAUUGGAGUCCUCGCAGUCACCAUUCAUAGGGCCAAUGGACUCAAGAAUUCCGACAAGUUCAGUGGCACUCCCGACCCCUACGCCGUCGUCACCAUCAACCAACGUGCCGAGCUCGCGAGGACCAAGACUGUGCACGAGAGCACCGAACCCAAGUGGAACGAGACCAAGUACAUCAUCCUAUCGAACCUCAACGACUCUCUGGAUCUUCAGUUCUUUGAUUACAACGAAAUCCGCAAGGACAAGGAGCUCGGUGUGGCCAGCUUCGCAUUGGAACAGCUCAAGACGGACCCCGAACACGAGAACAUCAACCUGCCAAUCGUGUCCAACGGCAAACCUCGCGGUAACAUCAUGUUUGACGUUCGUUUCUUCCCGGUUCUCGAAGGCCGCAUCCUCGACGACGGAACCAAGGAACCCGUCCCGGAGAGCAACACCGGUAUCGCUCGCUUCACCAUCCAUCAGUGCAAGGACCUCGACGCGAGCAAGAGUGUGAUUGGACAGCUGUCGCCGUACGCACAGAUGACCCUUAACAGCAAGCCGAUAUUCACCACCAAGAUCAAGAAGCGCAACAACGACCCGCAGUUUGAGGAAUCCCACGACAUGCUCAUCACCAACCGUCGUACUUGCAAGCUCGGUGUCAUCGUCAAGGACGAGCGCGGUUUUGUCGACGAUCCCGUUCUCGGAAAGUACCAGAUCAAGCUCACGGACCUCUUGGAAUCGAAGGAGAAGGGUACCGAAUGGUUCAACCUCGUUGGCUCAAAGAGCGGCCGUGUCAAGAUGACUUGUCAAUGGAAACCUGUCACUAUCAAGGGUAUCGCUGGAACCGGUGGCUACAUCACCCCGAUCGGUGUCAUGCGUUUGCACUUCCAGAGCGCAAAGGAUCUCCGAAACUUGGAGGCUCUCGGCAAAUCCGACCCCUACGUCCGCGUCAUGCUUGCCGGUGCCGAGAAAGCCAGAACCGUCACCUUCGAGAACGACCUCAACCCGGCUUGGGACGAAGUCCUGUACGUCCCGGUUCAUUCCGCCAAGGAGAAGUUGACCCUCGAGGUUAUGGAUCAAGAAUCUAUGGGCAAGGAUAAGUCCCUUGGUGCCAUCGAGCUGAGUCUGGAGGAGUUCAUCAAGCAGGACUCUCAGGAGCUCUACCAGGUCCACGCCGAGAAGAGGAACCGCUCCGAGGGAUUGUAUCUUGGAAAGAAGACCACUCCCAAGGGAACACUCAACUUCACCGCCUCCUUCUUCCCGUGUCUCAACGUUGCUGAUCCCGAGGAGGAAGAAGAGGAGAAGAAACUUCUCGAAAUUGAGAAGCAAGAGGCGGAAGAGGCGAAGAAAGCCCUCGGGGUCCCGGCUCCGGGCUCCUCUCCCAAGAUUGCCGAGCCUGUUGCCGAAGCCGACAUGGCGAAGACGCCGGUUAAUGUUGCGUUUACGGAUGCCGAUGGUGACGAGACCGACAAGAAGGCUCCCAAGAUCCGGUUGUCUCCCGAAGAGCUGCUCCGUCACGAUUCCGGUCUCAUCAUCUUCAAGUUCAUCGAUGGCGCGCUCGCCCACAAGGAUUGUUACCUCGAGGUCCUCAUGGACGACAUGCACUUCCCCAGUUUUUCCAGCACUAGGAUUCGGUCGAAGAACGUCAAGUUCGAUGAGAUUGGUGAUGCGAUGGUCCGUGAACUCGAGUUCUCCAAGAUCACUCUUCGUCUGCGCGAGCACGGUGACGAUGGCGAGGAUGCCGUCUUGGCCAAGCUUGGUGGAAGUACUCUCGAAACUCUCAAGAUGUGCCUGAACAACCCGACCGUUCUUACUCUGAAGGACAAGGAUGGACAGCCUAGCAAAGUCAAGAUCAGCUUGAAGUACAUCCCGGUCGUCAUGAAACUGGACCCCAGCGAGAGCAUCAGCAACAUGGGCACCCUCCGCGUUGACAUCCUCGAUGCUGCGAAUCUUCCUGCUGCCGACCGCAACGGCAAGAGCGACCCCUUCUGCGUGUUCGAACUCGACGGCAAAGAGAUCCACAAGACCAAGGUGCAGAAGAAGACGCUCCACCCGGCUUGGAACGAGGUUUUCGAGACCCAGGUUGCUUCCCGUGCGGCGGCAAAGUUCGAGGUUGAGAUAUUUGAUUGGGAUAUCGGUACCAAGGCGGACUUUUUGGCCAAGACGAGCAUUGACUUGACAGCGAUAGAACCCUUUAAGCCGCAGACCGUUGUCUACAAGCUCAAGGGCAAGAAGGGCGAGGAAGGUAAGUUUGGCGAGUUGCGUCUGAGGAUGGUAUUCAAGCCAGACUACGUCACCCGUACUCGCCAGGGAUCAUCGACGUUCCACGGUACCUUUGCGGCACCCGGAAAGCUCGUCACUGGUGUUGCCGGUGCUCCCCUCAAGGUCGGAGGCGCUGCCGUCGGUGGAAUCUCCAAGGGCGCUUCGUUCCUCAAGAAGAACACCUUUGGUCGUGCUAAGUCAAACACCGUGUCGGAGGACGAGCCGGUGGUCAUUGAGCCGGAGAUGCAGGCGAUUUCUGAGAACCGUCCCAUGUCGAGUGGAAGUGCCAUCCGCAUGGAUGGCGCCGACGACCGUCUAUUGACCCCCACUGGACGUGGCUCCUCUAGCCUAAGCCCUAACUCAGCAGCCAGGAGCACCUCCCCCCACGCCCGCUCGCGCAGCACCUCGAGUCAACACUCGGUCCCGGGCGUUAUCGGCAGCGGCCCCGACUCGGGCACCGCCACUAUCCGCCUCGUCGCCGCCUCCGGCUACCCCGCGGGCACCAAUGUACAGGUCCGAAUCCGCGCCGUCGACAAGAACAAGGACCUCCUCAAGUCGAAGACCGUCAAGUCCUCAACCGGUGAUGCCUCCUACGACGAGCAAUUCAGUGUCCAGUGCUUUGCCGACACGCAGUUCAAGGUAUUCGUCAAGGACAACCACCUGUUCAAGGACGAGGAACUGGGCGAGGGCUUGUUCGCUGUGGACGAUACUGGUUCAGGAAACGACACCAUCGUCAAUGUCGGCGAGGGCCGCGUUACCUUGCGCACUAGCUUCAAGAGCGCGGAAAACGCAAGUACCGCUGACAGUCCUAAGGCGUCCAGGAGGAAGGGUUUGCUGAAGAAAUGAUACAGAUGUAGGACUUGUUUGAACGAAAGAGACGGAAACGUUUGCGGCUCUGAUGGAAUAAGGCGCUGGCUGGGUUAGGAGUAAGUAGAGGUAUUGCGCUCGCUUGGGGGACU